AUGGCGUUUUGGGAGUACACACUGUCGGGUUUCAACGACUUUCUCGACCAGCGGCGCGUCGCCUUCACGGAGCCCCUGCCGCCCAGUCGUGUCUGCAGCGUCUGCAACCGAUUGCCUUCCAGCUCGGAACUGUUACCCUGCGGUCACGUUUUGUGCGAAGAAUGCCAAGGCCAAGUGUUCGAAAGAAUGGAGUGCCCCUUCGACGGAAGAACAUUCUCGAAAGGCGAACUUGUGCGGCUUCGCUUCGAGCUGUCCGACCUCGAGAAGCUGCGCGUCCACUGCAUCGUAGGCGGUAAGCAGUGUGCUUACUUCGCCGGCAAACUGUCCGAACUGAGAGAACACUUGCGUCAUUGCCGAGGCUUCGACGUUAAGUGCGCCAAGUGCCACCGGAGCGUCGUGUGCGAGGCGGCCGUGGAUCACUACAGGCAGUGCUACGACGGAAACGCCCCGCUCCAAUCCUCGUGUGACGCGCUAGUGCAAACGGCCGUCCAAGAUGUGCGAAGCAUUAAGGAAGAACUGGGAAGCCUGCGGCAGCAUGCGCUGGGCGAGCGCGACGGAGACGAUCUUGUAAACGGCGCGAACGGAUUAGUUGAAAGACUCGUCAUCCUCGAUCGUGCAUUAUCUGGGUUCCUGGAAAAAGCGAGUGGCGUCGACCAAGAAGGCGUUUCGGUGCAAUCAUCGAAGUCGCUGACACCAGGACCUUUCCGUGCUGCAUCAAAGCCCGGCGCGUUCAUCGCUACUUUGAAAUUCGCUAAUGUGUACGCUGCACGUGACUCACUCAAGGAGGACAAAAAGGUACACUCCAUAUCAAGUGGUGUCUGCACGCUUGGUGGUUAUACCUUUAGAUUAGAAUGCAGGUUUCAGUUAUCGAAAGAUAAAGAGGUGAAUGUGGGGUUCGCUCUGUUCCUCCAAGACGGGGAGUGGAACGACUGCCUCGAGUGGCCCUUCUCGAAAAAGGUGACGUUGAUAAUCGCACACCCCAGAGAUGAAACCAAAGACGUCAAGGUCACGUCGCACAUGAACGCUCACGAAGUUGUGAGGAAACCGCGCAGUGAUGUUCGGAAUCUGGGACAAAUAACAGAACAGAAGAACUGGAGGGACCUUGAACUCGCAGGCUUUGUUGUCAAAGGCGACCUUUACGUCAAUGUAGAAUUCAACUGA